GUCACCAAGCACAACAGUCACACCCCCGUCCCUGAAACUUCACACCAUGCCUGCUGCUAAGUGCCUGCAGCCUGCAGUUCUGCUGCUGGUGGCCGCUGUGUGUCUGCUUGACGCCCAGGACAGCAUUAAGAUGUGUGGGAGAGAUCUGAUCCGCCUGGCUGUCUCCUCCUGUGGCAACUCCCGUGUAAGCAGAAGCGUCAGCAAAGACAAUUCUGACUGGCAUGCGGAGACGUCCAUAGCAGAUCCCCACACAGACCAAGACCAGCUUCCCUCAGAGUCUGAUACCGACAACGAUGUUCUGUCCUUUGGCCCUCACUGGUACUCACUGUCGCCACGCAUGAGACGUUCAACUGCAAAAAUAUCUGAUAUUUGCUGUGAGAAAGGAUGCAGCAUGAAAGAGCUGAUCCAGUUUUGUUAGAGGGAAUGGCCAAAUUGUGACACACUGAGGGACAAGAUGAGAAAAACACUGUGUUAAAAUAGUUGUGAUCUGUGGUGUGAUCUUCACUGAGUUGCCAUGUUGUUGAGCUGUUAAAUAAAAUGAUAUAUUUUCAGCAAACUAUGAAUCUUUCAUUACAGAAUGUCCAACUAACAUG